ACUGCACGGAGUGGUGUUGGCACACUCCUUGUUGUAGCCAUGAACCGAAGGCACCAAGUGCGUGUCAAGCCAUGGAUGGUGCUGGUCGGUGGCUUCAGUCUGAUGAAGUUGAUGGGAGCCUUUGUGCCACCACCACAGGUCAAGGACUUGAAAAUCAUGUUAACUUGGUCCCUAACUUUGGUGAUUAUGAGUUUGUGUUUAAGAAAAGGCCAGUGUGAUGUUUCAUGUUUUGGUCUUGCAGAUGGCUAUGUCAUUUGGAGGCGGUGCCAGUGAGAUGCACACCACACCUUGGGGCACGCCUCGUUGGGCAUGUGGUUGGCUCAUGCAUCAUGGUAGCCCCAGCCUAUGCCUCUGACACGUCGGGGCUGGAUUUUCAACAAUUCGUUGACGACGUUGGGCGAAACCGCGACUUCUUCAUUAGCGUGGCAACUGCAGCUAAGUCCACCUUCACAUUUGGGCAACUGGUGGAUGCAGUGAAGUCCGCCGAUGAAGCAAAGCGCUCCGCCGAUGAAGCAAAGCGUUCUGCCGACGAGGCGUUCAAAGCCUCUCCAGAAGGCAAAAUCCAAGAAGCGCUGGCAAGGGCCAUGGAGCCUUUUGAGCCCAGCAGGCCGCAAGACGAGGUCAUCCAAAGGCCAGUGAUGGAAACUCUCCGGCAACGCAUUGCGAGCUGGCAACAACAUGCGACCAUCAUUGGUGGUCGCUGCCAGUCAGGCAAGUCGGUGGCAACAGAAGAGGCCUUGCGAGGGGCGCGAGGUGUUGUGCGAUUCACCAUCAAAAGUGCCGAUUGGGAAACGACGAUGUACGAGGAACUUAAAGUGGAGAACAGUGGUCUGUUCAAAGAGAUGAUGCGCCGAGUGCGCGAGAAGCUCAAGGACUUCCCCAACAACCUCACCAAGUUUCCAAUCCUUCUUCUUGAAGUCCCUCGUACAACCAUUGAAGGCAUCGAUCGAGUCUCUUCUACAGCGAAGGAUGUGGCGACGGACAAAAUCGGCUGUGCCAUACAUGUGAUUGUAUCAGCCUCUUCGGCGGCAGCGGCGCUGGCUUUUGAUGCUGGUGGAUUGGAAAGGCAGGAAGACAUUUGGGUUGGCGACUUGACCGAGCAGGAAGCGAAGGAGUUUUUGGCACUGCAUGGGCAUGAGAAGAAUUGGAAAGACUUCGUGGAUGCUUGUGGCUUGCGGAUUGGCGACUUGGUGAAGGCCUGUGAGAAUCUGAAGAAAGGAAUGUCAUUGGACGACACGAAGCAAGAAUGUCAGCGACUUGCUACUGUGGAAGUUGUCCGCUUCAUGGAGCUUCAAGUGCACCCCAAGGUCACGGGGCGCGAGAUGUUGCAAGAGCUCCUCAAAGUUUAUCCUGAAGGCAUCCCAGAGGUUUCAAACGGCAUCAGCAUCCUCCCAAGGGAGGUUGCCGCACUAAUUCGCAACAAGAGUUGUCAUGCUGUGUAUUUUCACGCUAUCAAGAAGCGCUUCUUUUUUGCCUCCAAAUUGCAUAAGGAGGCCGCUGAAGCGCAACUGGCAAAUCCAUGACCGAUCUUUUGCGAAAAUGGCCGGAAGACUUCAGCUCGUUCUUGCUUGUGCAUUUGUUCCAGCCCCGUAAACACAACGCACGCAUAGUAUCAGAUGUAUCAGCUAUGUGAGAUGGUGUAUUUUGAAAUCCCAUUCAAGGAUAGACGAUUCAGGCAUGCUGAGCCAAAUCCAUGCACCUGCACUUCAACAUUUCCGAAAUCGGGUGUGUUUGCGUUU